AUGUUCUGCCACACAGAGAUGGUCAGCAGUCAGCCUCUCCCCAUAGCAAACAGUGGGAAAAGGAAAAAGAAAAAAAGAACCAGAGCCACAGAUCAUGUCCCUGGGAAGUUUGAAGACUUGUACAAGCUGACUGCUGAGCUUCUUGGUGAGGGAGCAUAUGCCAAAGUUCAGGGUGCUGUCAGCCUCCAAAAUGGGAAAGAAUAUGCAGUAAAAAUAAUUGAAAAAAAUGCUGGGCAUAGUCGGAGUCGGGUUUUUCGUGAAAUAGAAACGCUGUACCAGUGUCAGGGUAACAAGAACAUUUUGGAGUUAAUAGAAUUUUUUGAAGAUGACACAAGAUACUACCUUGUCUUCGAGAAGCUGCGAGGAGGUUCAAUCCUGGCUCAUAUACAAAAGCGGAAGCACUUCAAUGAACGAGAAGCUAGCAAAGUGGUGAGAGAUAUUGCCUCUGCUCUGGAUUUUCUUCAUACAAAAGGUAUUGCUCACAGGGAUCUGAAGCCUGAAAACAUCCUGUGCGAAUCGCCAGAAAAGGUGUCACCAGUAAAAAUAUGUGACUUUGAUCUUGGUAGUGGGGUGAAGCUGAACAGUGCAUGUACUCCAAUAACUACUCCCGAAUUAACGACACCGUGUGGGUCUGCAGAAUACAUGGCACCCGAAGUGGUUGAAGUCUUCACAGAGGAGGCCACGUUCUACGAUAAGCGGUGUGAUCUUUGGAGCCUGGGAGUGAUUUUGUACAUCAUGCUCAGUGGUUACCCCCCUUUUGUGGGCAACUGUGGCACGGACUGUGGCUGGGACAGAGGAGAAGUCUGCAGAGUUUGCCAGAACAAGCUUUUUGAGAGCAUUCAGGAAGGCAAGUAUGAAUUUCCUGACAAGGACUGGUCACAUAUAUCCUCUGAGGCCAAAGAUCUCAUCUCAAAGUUGCUGGUUUGUGACGCCAAAGAACGACUUAGUGCUGCUCAAGUUUUGCAACAUUCAUGGGUU